AUGUCGUACCUCGCGGCGUCGACGCAUUUCAACAACUGGGUCUUCACGACGGAGGAGCUGGCGCGCGUGCGUCGGCUGCAGCAUGUGAAGACCAAGCGCGCGCUGCGUCUGGAGCGCGAGGAGGCGCAGAAGCCCGAGGCGUCCGCCGCCAGUAGCCGCAAGGCGCGGUCCUUUGCCGCGCUCGUGCCGCGCUCGUCCACUGCUGUGCGCGACGCCUUCGACUGGAACGACGAGGUGGACGUGGACCUGGCGACGCAGGAGGAGGCGGAGGAGAAGGCCAAUCUGCAGCUGACGCCGCUGCUGGAGUUCCUGAGCCCGGACCAGGAGGCGCUGCUGCGAGCCUUCUACGAGGAGAAGAUCCAGGAGAGCUGCAGCGCCCAAUUCCUGCGCACGUCCGACAAGGUCAAGUGCUGCGCCAUGCUGCUCUUCAAGCGCUUCUACCUGAGCAACAGUGUGAUGGAGUUCCACCCCAAGUACCUCGUGCCCACGGCCAUCUACGUGGCUGGCAAGGUCGAGGAGCAGUACAUGUCCGUGGACACUGUCGCUGACCAGCUCCAUGUGGACCACAAGUUCAUCAUUGGCCACGAGAUGAUCUUGCUCGAAGGCGUGCGCUUCCAGCUGAUCAUGUAUCACCCGUUCCGCGCGCUGUUGGGCUUCUUGGACGACUUCCGCGCCUUCGCCAAGCAAGUGCUGAAGAAGGAUCUGGCUGCGACUGUUCUGCAAAAGCUGCACGCCAACUCGACCGCGUUGCUCAACGACUUGCUGCUCACAGAUCUGCCGCUGCUGCAUUAUCCGUCGUAUUUGGCACUCGCUGCGCUCUGGCACGUGACAGAUGAGGUCGCUGCUAGCAGUGGCGAAAAGGCUUGCGGGCUCGUGAGCGCCGACGUGUUGGAGUACAUCAAGAGGAGCAAGUUUUCGAAGGACCAGCCAGUCGACGAGGUCUCUGGCCGGUUGGAGCAGAUUACAGAGGCGUUCCAAACGCUCAAGGCAGAGAAGGUGAACGGCGGCGAGGAGGCAGUGCAGCGUCGUGCCAAGCAGGUCAAACAGAUUUACAAGAAGCUGAAGCAGUUCCACAAGGACGACGACAAGAAGGACAAGAAGAAUGACAAGAAGGGCGACGGCAAGAAGAAAGACAAGAAGCGCAAGGAUGGAUCCAAGGAUGACAAGAAGAAGGUGAAGAAGCAUAAGAAGGACAAGGCUUAA